CGGCGCCCGCCCGCCCUCCGCCCGCCCGCCGGCUCUCACUGCCUCCACCGUCGCGGAUCUCCCAGUCUGCUCGCAGCCCUCGGCUCUCGUCCCACUCCUCUGAGAGCGGACCAGCGCGCAGGGCCCAUGAGCGCCGGUCUGUAGCGCGCCAGCCUCCGGUGCCCCAAGCCCGAGCGCAGCCGCCAGGUCCCACCUGAGGUACCCUUGACCGUCCCUGCCCUCAUUCCACCCCGGAACCCGGCAAUGCUAACCGCUGUCUGUGGCUCUCUGGGCAGCCAGCACACCGACGCGCCUCACGCAUCACCGCCGCGCCUCGACCUGCAGCCUCUUCAGACAUAUCAGGGUCACACGAGCCCGGAGGCCGGGGACUACCCCUCCCCGCUGCAGCCUGGAGAGCUGCAGAGCCUCCCGCUGGGCCCGGAGGUAGACUUCUCACAGGGCUAUGAGUUGCCAGGGGCCUCCUCGCGGGUAACCUGCGAGGACCUGGAAAGUGACAGUCCCUUGGCUCCGGGACCCUUUUCCAAGCUCCUGCAGCCGGACAUGUCACACCACUACGAAUCGUGGUUCCGGCCGACGCACCCAGGCACGGAGGAUGGCUCUUGGUGGGACCUUCAUCCCGGCACCAGCUGGAUGGACCUCCCCCAUACUCAGGGAGCGCUGACCUCACCUGGCCACCCGGGGGCGCUUCAGCCUGCUUUGGGAGGAUACGUCGGAGACCACCAGCUCUGUGCUCCGCCACCCCACCCGCACCCGCACCACCUCCUCCCAGCCGCUGGUGGGCAGCACCUCUUGGGGCCACCCGACGGGGCUAAGGUCUUGGAAGCGGCUGCACCAGAGUCCCAAGGGCUGGAUUCCAGUCUGGAUGCGGCUGCCCGACCCAAAGGCUCCCGGCGAUCUGUGCCCCGCAGCUCAGGGCAGACCGUGUGUCGCUGUCCCAACUGCCUGGAGGCGGAGCGACUCGGGGCUCCGUGCGGGCCCGAUGGGGGCAAGAAGAAGCAUUUGCACAACUGCCACAUCCCAGGCUGCGGCAAGGCAUACGCUAAGACGUCGCAUCUGAAGGCGCACCUGCGGUGGCAUAGCGGCGACCGACCCUUCGUGUGCAAUUGGCUUUUCUGCGGCAAGCGCUUCACGCGCUCCGACGAGCUGCAGCGCCACCUUCAGACCCACACCGGGACCAAGAAGUUCCCCUGUGCGGUCUGCAGCCGUGUCUUCAUGCGCAGCGACCACCUGGCCAAGCACAUGAAAACCCACGAAGGCGCCAAAGAAGAGGCUGCGGCUGCGGCCCAGGGCGAGGGCAAGGCCAGUGGCGUGGUGGAGUCACCCGGGGGCAAAGGCAAACGCGAAGCCGAAGGCAGCUCGGCGUCCUCCAACUGAGCCCCAUGGAUGUCACAUUCCUGCCUUUCUUCAUAGGGGGGCGGCCUGAGUAAGAGGGGAAGACGGUUAUUUAUUGGUGGUGAGGGGACAGGGAAAGGGGCACUAGGGGUUUUUUAGUCUCUGGGGCUGCACGGGAGGCUGCUUGAAUAUUAUUUAGGCUGCCAGGAGCUGAACACGCCCCUCGCUUCUUCCCUUUCUAUUUCACCCUCCCCUGAGUUUCUGAAGAGGUUCGGACUGUAGAGAUGGCAUGACCUAGGAGUUGAGGGAAAUCGAGAUUGGGUCGGGGCGUUGGGGUAGCUGUCUGGACAUGUUUUCAACUCCUGGGAAUCCGGACAUAAAAGCCUUCGGAACCGCCCAUUGGCCUAGGUCUCUUUCAUCCCCUCUUCUAGUGCUGCUCCCUCUAAAAUUUCCGGAGAGAAAGCAGAGAUGAGGUGGUGGUGGUGGGGAGCUUGGGGUAGUUCCCCAUAGGGACUGUCUAUCUAGCUUGGAGGGUUAUUACUUUAUGAAGAAUCCCCUUCAGUGAAUUUCUUCUAAACCCUUCCAGAUUCAGUUUGAUAGAACCAGGAAGAGCAGCUCAGCUCUGCAGCCAAAGCUGUGAGCUAGAGGUCCGAGCUGGAUGGAGUAGAGGGAUCGGGCAGGGAAAUCCUCUUGCAAAGUGGAAGGACUAACCCCUUCUUCUGUCAAGAUUCUUUCUUUCAAAUUCAAUCCUUAACUCUUAGACCCUUAAAAAAAAAAUCGAACUCAGUAGUCCACAUUCCCCAUCCAUCUAGGUAGUUUUCUGAAGUCAGCCACCAGCACCAGCUCUAAAGCUGACAUAGACACCCCCACCCUACCCCCAGGUCCCCCUUCCCUCGCUUUCCCUUUGGGGAUGGAAGAGAAAGGGGUUGUAGCAGACAUUACAGUGGAAGACCCUGCCUGGACUCCCAGUCCCUCUCUUUCUUAGCUUGACCCUUCUGUGCUUCCCCCCCCUUGCUAUGGAGUCCUCCCCUGUAGAAAAUCUCCUUCCAUGUGAAGAAGAGUUGUUCCCCAUGGAAGGGAUUCUGGGAAACUGUCUCUUUGUCCCCUUAGAUUCUAGACAUACAUUUGGGUUUUGAUCAUAGGGUGAGAGGGUAGAUUUUUUGCCUGGCAGACCACAGGACCCUGGGGCUGGGGGCACUCUCAGGUUUGAGGUAGAGGCCUUGAGUCCCUCAGACCUCUCUCUCUUGCUCUCUUCUCUCCACCCAGAACCCUCUGCAGGGAAUAGCUGUGUGUUGAUUUUUAAGUUAUAAGCAAAGGGUAUUUUAUUUAAUAAUUAGGGUUUGAGUGUGUGUAUGUGUGUGUUGUCUGUACCUGUAUGUGUGCAUGUAUGUGUUUCUCUACUGAGCCUGGGGUCUCCUGAGACCCCAUCUUGUUCACCCCGUCCAAGGCCUGGGGCCUAGACCCACAGUAUCUCUUCCUCCAUGGGGGAAUGCUGGAGCCCAGUCCAAGGACUGGGAACUGUGUGGGAAGUAGGGGCUGGGAUCUGGGUAGGAAUAUGUGUUUGUGUAGAAAGGCCUCCUCCUUAAAAGGGACAGGGUGACUCCCUGUGGAACUUAGGGGCCUGAGGUAGUUUAAGAAUAAGGUUUUUUUCUGUAUUUUCCCUCGUUCCCCCACAUCCUGUUAACUUAGCCAGAGGUCCCCUUUCUUACAAAGAGGGCCGAAGGCAAGAGCGAAGUUGGUCAUGCCUGCAGGUUGCCUGGCUAGAUGUAGAGGGGGAGAAAGGAGGGUACCGUGGGUGUGGAAUGCUUUCCCCUCCACCCAUCGAAACCAGCCUCUCUCUCCCUGUGCUACCAAGACAACCUUUUCCAAUGACCAUUCUUAGGGGAACUCCUACAUGGGGUAUUGGGGGGCACGUAGAUGCUCCUCCGUAUAGAGGUCUGCAGGUGGGGCUUGGGUAGGUUUUUGUCGGCCCUGCUUUUUAUCAAUCUAGGUUUCUCAGCUGCCUGUCCUUCCAGGCAGCCCCUCUAGAGGAAAAUGUAGGAUUUUUUUUCCCUUUAACUGCUGUGAACCCACUUGGGGGCAAGGAGGAGGCAGAACCGGCCUGUGUUUUUUAUGCAACAAUAAAGUCAUCAACCAAC